AUGCUCUCAUCGCCCUUGCAAACAUCUGCAUCAACCAUGAUUGACGAUCGAGUUUUACGAGCAUAUUUGCAACAAAAUUCAACAUGGAGUUUGAACGAAAGUGGACAUAUGGAUCAUUAUAGUUUAUCAUCGAGCGGAAAUGGAGAUAAAUUUUUGAAUAAUAGCGUUCAUUUUCCAACGGAAAUGAGGUCAGCUAAUCUCAAUCAAAUAGUAUCGAAUAUUGUCGAAGAAAGUAGCGAACACCAACCACAUGGAAUUCUCUCAACAUUUAUAUUGCAGAAAGACGAUCAACAUAUGUAUCGCGCGAAGAAUUCAUCAUUCGUAUCUGGAAGUGGUUCUCUACGUAAUAUUCCAGAUAAUUACCCAUUCCAACAUUACUCUCCAAAAGACGUCCAAGUUUUAUUACGUAAAGGUGACAAUCAUAGUGUGAAUUCCCUUGUUCAAAAUAUUCCAUUGCAAAAAUUUCGUCAGAUGAUUGGCUUACAACCUAGUUCGGGUUCAUUGUCUUUACAUGAACGUAUAAAUCGUAACAAUAAUGAUUGUACUAAUCUUAAUCAACAAUUCUUGCCAUUGUCAAGUUCCUCAUCAUCAUUACCGACAUUCAACCAACAACAAAACUAUUCUCGACAACAAUCGUCAAUGGCUAAUUUAUAUCUAGAUGAUACAAUAUCGAUGAAUGAUGUCAAUCUACCAUCAUCUAUUACUUCAAAUCAAGAAAUGAAUUACUAUCGAUCUAACAGACGAACUGGUGUCACAAAUACACUACAUAUUGCUAUUGAGAAAUGUUCCGAACAACUCAAUUACAUACGAGAUAGUUACGCUGAAACUGAAUCCAAAAUUGGUAUUCAAAUUUUACAUAAGACUUCAUCAUCUGCCACGGAUGUUACAAAUACAACUGUUUUAAACAAUCCAUCACGUGUGGAUCGUUUGAUUGCUGAAUACUAUUAUGAAUACAAUCGAAUUAUUCGUUUACAUGAACGAAUCAAAGAAAAUAUCAGUCUUCAAGAUAGUGAAGCAACACGACAAACUCUCGAUGAAUGGUUUACUGCUAUUAAUACAGUUCGAGAUCGACGUCGACAAGAAAUUAACAAUGCUACAGAAAAAUUUCGCAUUGCUGAAGCACGUUUAUCAGAUGAAAAAAAUAUUUUACAAUUAGCCGAAUCCUUACGUGUGUUACGUAUAACGACUCGAAAAAUUCGAACUAUCCUCUGGUGUUGGUUGUACUGGUCAACAAACAAUAUAGAUAACAAAAUUACAUUGGUUGCUCGUCACGAAAGCCAAUUCAAUCAUUUAUUUUCGACAACAUUUGACGUCUUCAAAUCCGAUUCGAUCAUCUCAAAUGCCAAUUGUAAAGAAAAUCAAUGCAACAAAUAA